GGGCGUAUCUUCGCGACCAGGAAACGGGAAAGAUGGCGUCUGCUCAGCGACGUUGAGGCCGCGUUGGGCGGUUCAGACUCAGGGUGAUGGCAGGAGAGCUGGCUGACAAGAAGGACCGUGAUGCAUCACCUUCCAAGGAGGAAAGGAAAAGAUCUCGAACUCCUGACAGAGAGCGGGAAAGAGAUCGGGACCGGAAGUCUUCCCCACCUAAGGAUCGGAAGCGGCAUCGUUCAAGGGAUAGACGUCGAGGGGGCAGCCGUUCUCGCUCCCGUUCCCGUUCCAAGUCUACAGAAAGAGAACGACGGCACAAAGAACGAGAGCGAGAUAAGGAGCGUGAUCGGAACAAAAAGGACCGAGAUCGGGACAAAGAUGGGCACAGACGGGACAAGGACCGUAAACGAUCCAGCUUAUCUCCUGGUCGAGGAAAAGAUUUUAAAUCUCGGAAGGACAGAGAUUCUAGGAAGGAUGAAGAGGAUGAGCAUGGUGAUAAGAAACUCAAGGCCCAGCCAUUAUCCUUGGAGGAACUUCUGGCCAAGAAAAAGGCUGAGGAAGAAGCUGAAGCUAAGCCUAAAUUCCUCUCCAAAGCAGAACGAGAGGCUGAGGCUGUAAAGCGGCGGCAGCAGGAAGUGGAAGAGCGGCAGAAAAUGCUUGAGGAGGAAAGGAAGAAGAGGAAACAGUUCCAAGACUUGGGCAGGAAGAUGUUGGAAGACCCUCAAGAACGAGAACGUCGGGAACGCAGGGAGAGGAUGGAGCGGGAGACCAAUGGAAAUGAGGAUGAGGAAGGGCGGCAGAAAAUCCGGGAAGAAAAGGAUAAGAGCAAGGAACUGCAUGCCAUUAAGGAGCGUUACCUGGGUGGCGUCAAGAAGCGGCGCCGAACGAGACAUCUCAACGAUCGCAAAUUUGUCUUUGAGUGGGAUGCAUCUGAGGACACAUCCAUUGACUACAACCCCCUGUACAAAGAACGGCACCAGGUGCAGUUAUUGGGGCGAGGCUUCAUUGCAGGCAUUGACCUAAAGCAGCAGAAACGAGAGCAGUCACGUUUCUAUGGAGAUCUAAUGGAGAAGAGGCGAACACUGGAAGAAAAGGAGCAGGAGGAGGCAAGACUCCGCAAGCUUCGUAAGAAGGAAGCUAAGCAGCGCUGGGAUGAUCGGCAUUGGUCUCAGAAGAAGUUGGAUGAGAUGACAGACAGGGAUUGGCGGAUCUUCCGCGAAGACUAUAGCAUCACCACCAAAGGUGGCAAGAUCCCCAAUCCCAUCCGAUCUUGGAAAGACUCGUCUCUGCCUCCACACAUCUUGGAGGUUAUUGAUAAGUGUGGCUACAAGGAACCAACGCCUAUCCAGCGUCAGGCAAUCCCCAUUGGGCUACAAAAUCGUGACAUCAUUGGUGUAGCUGAGACUGGCAGUGGCAAGACAGCAGCCUUUCUCAUCCCGUUACUAGUGUGGAUCACCACUCUCCCCAAGAUUGACAGGAUUGAAGAGUCAGACCAGGGUCCUUAUGCCAUCAUCCUGGCCCCCACCCGUGAGUUGGCCCAGCAGAUUGAGGAAGAGACCAUCAAGUUUGGGAAGCCACUGGGCAUCCGCACUGUGGCUGUCAUUGGUGGCAUCUCCAGAGAAGACCAGGGCUUCAGGCUGCGCAUGGGCUGUGAGAUUGUGAUUGCUACCCCGGGACGUCUGAUUGAUGUGCUGGAGAACCGCUACUUGGUACUGAGCCGCUGUACCUAUGUGGUUCUGGACGAGGCAGAUAGGAUGAUUGACAUGGGCUUCGAGCCAGAUGUUCAAAAGAUCUUGGAGCACAUGCCUGUCAGCAACCAGAAGCCAGACACAGAUGAGGCUGAAGACCCUGAGAAAAUGUUGGCCAACUUUGAGUCAGGGAAACAUAAGUAUCGCCAAACGGUCAUGUUCACAGCCACCAUGCCCCCAGCAGUGGAGCGUCUGGCCCGGAGCUAUCUUCGGCGACCUGCUGUGGUGUACAUUGGCUCUGCAGGCAAGCCCCAUGAACGAGUGGAACAGAAGGUCUUCCUUAUGUCAGAGUCUGAAAAGAGGAAAAAGCUGCUGGCAAUCUUGGAGCAAGGCUUUGAUCCACCCAUCAUCAUUUUUGUCAACCAAAAGAAGGGCUGCGAUGUGUUGGCCAAAUCCCUGGAGAAGAUGGGGUACAACGCGUGUACACUUCAUGGUGGAAAAGGCCAAGAGCAGCGAGAGUUUGCUCUGUCCAACCUCAAGGCUGGAGCCAAGGAUAUUUUGGUGGCUACAGAUGUGGCUGGUCGUGGUAUCGACAUCCAAGAUGUGUCUAUGGUUGUCAACUAUGAUAUGGCCAAAAAUAUUGAAGAUUAUAUCCACCGAAUUGGCCGUACAGGACGAGCUGGCAAGAGUGGUGUGGCCAUUACCUUCCUCACCAAAGAGGACUCUGCUGUGUUCUAUGAGCUGAAGCAAGCCAUCUUGGAGAGCCCUGUGUCCUCCUGUCCCCCAGAACUAGCCAACCACCCAGAUGCCCAACACAAGCCAGGCACCAUCCUCACCAAGAAGCGCCGGGAAGAGACCAUCUUUGCCUGACACAACACUCUUCCCAAGGAUUUAAGGGCAUGCUCUGAAGCUGCCUAAUGCUGGUUCUUUAGGACCCUCACAUCCCUCUCUCCAGGUCCUCACUCUUGGAUUAUGGGAGUCUACAAAACAAUCAAGACUCAUGUCUGAAGGCCUGAGCUUCAGGAGUAGAGGAGCUGCUAUAGGAGGCAAGAGAAGCAAAUGGCCAGGUUUGGGCCUAGCUCUGCCCCUCUGUGGGGCUUGGUGAUUGCAGUGGGCCUUCAGCUCUUCCCAGGGUAUGGGGACAACCAGUUGGCAUGUUCCCCCAGACUGCCUGGAUGGGAGCACUUUGGGUACAGACUUGACUGCAUAAGCUGUAGCAACAAUGCUGCCCAAAAUGGCCCAGCGGGUAUGACCUUGUGAGGGUUGGGGGCCCUGGACUCUUGUCGUUUUGACAGCUGUUUUCACAUUUGGAUUCUCAAGAGCUUUUAGAGCUGUGUACCACCCCAGUGCCAAGGGGUGCUGCGCACUCUAGGCAUCCCUCGCCCAGGGAAUUUUUUUUAGUAGUUGUGGGAUCAGGAUGAGCUGUGUUCAUCUUUAAGUCAGAGUGAAUUUGUUUUCUAUUCUCUGAAAAGAUGAAUUUGUAUGUUCUGAGAAUAAACAGAUGGAUAUUAAAGCUGU